AUGAUUAGUCUUUUUAAAAUUUUUAUUUGUUUUGUUCCCCUCCAGCAAGAGCGUGACGAACAUAAUCAGCAGGCUAUCGCUGCGUACCUGAAAAACGCUCGCAAGGAUCACCAGCGCAUCCUGGCCCGUAGACAGACCAUCGAAGAGCGAAAGGAGCGCCUGGAAAGCCUGAACAUCCAGCGAGAGAAGGAGGAGCUGGAGCAGCGAGAGGCUGAGCUGCAGAAGGUCCGCAAGGCCGAGGAGGAGCGUCUGCGGCAGGAGGCCAAAGAGCGGGAGAAGGAGCGCAUCAUGCAGGAGCACGAACAGAUCAAGAAGAAGACGGUCCGCGAACGGCUGGAGCAGAUCAAGAAAACUGAACUGGGAGCCAAAGCCUUCAAGGAUAUCGACAUCGAGGACCUGGAGGAGCUGGAUCCAGAUUUCAUCAUGGCUAAACAGGUGGAGCAGCUGGAGAAGGAGAAAAAGGAACUUCAGGAGCGUCUGAAGAACCAGGAGAAGAAGAUUGAUUACUUUGAGAGGGCAAAACGCCUGGAGGAGAUUCCUCUGAUCAAGAAAGCUUAUGAGGAGCAGCGUGUCAAAGACAUGGAGUUGUGGGAGCUCCAAGAGGAGGAGAGGAUCAAUAACUUGAAGAUCGAGCGUGAAAAGGCUCUGGAGCAUAAGAAGCGGAUGUCCAGGAUGAUGGAGGACAAGGAGAGCUUCCUGGCUAAAAUAACAGCCGCCCGCAGCUUCAUCUACGAGGAGAAAUUAAAGACAUUCGAGGAGCGUUUGGUUGAGGAGAGGAAAAAGCGCCUGGAAGAGAGGAAGAAGCAGCGCAAGGAAGACCGCCGUAACGCUUACUACCGCCAGAAGGAGGAGGAGGCUCAGCGCAUCCAUGAGGAGCAGCUCAAGAAGGAACGCGAAGAGCGUGAGCGGCUGGAACAAGAACGGCGUGAGGAGGAGGAGCGCGAAUACCAGGAGCGCCUCCGCAAACUGGAGGAGCAGGAACGUAAGCAGCGCGCUCGUCAGCAGGAGAUCGAGGAGCGGAUGCGGCAGAAGACCAUCAGCCCACAAGAAAAACCACCCAAGGUAACAAAAACUGACCUGGAGAGUUUGUGGAACAGAACCACAACAGAAAGCUUUGGUUCUCAUUUAAAUACAGUAGCUUAUUUUCAUUCUUCCCACUUUUUCUGCCCACCCCCCCUCAGACCAUCUAUUUAAAGCCAUGAAUAAUAA